CUCUGGCGUCCGCCUGCCCGCAGCCGAGGCGCAGCUCGACCGCAGGCGGAGCGUACUGUCGCCGGUCAUGAAGACCGUCUUCGUCACCGUGGGCACCACCAGCUUCGACGAGCUGAUCGCGGCCGUUUCCUCCCCGGCGGCCGAGCAGGUGCUGCGGAGCCGUGGCUGCCGGCAGUUGGUGCUGCAGAUCGGGCGGGGCGCGCUGCAGCCCGCCCCUCAGUACGGCCCGGCCUUCGUGCGGGACGUGUUCCGCUUCAAGGAGUCGCUGGCUGAGGACCUGCGGAGAGCCGACCUGGUCAUAAGCCACGCAGGUGCAGGUAGCUGUUUGGAGACUCUAGAGGAAGGAAAGCCACUGCUCGUGGUGAUAAAUGAGAAGCUGAUGGACAACCAUCAGCUGGAGCUGGCACGUCAGCUCCACAAAGAUGGACACGUCCUCUAUUGUAACUGCAGCACACUUGUGGAGACACUGCAGUCAAUGGACUUAUCAACUCUGAAACCUUUUCCUCCUGGACAACCAGAAAAGUUUGCUUUGUUUUUGGAUAAAGUUGUUGGGUUUGAAUACAAGCAAAACAAACUCCUGAACCGGUGCUUCUCAUGCACGAGUGUAGCUUCUAGUAGCAAGUUACGAGCAGGUAUAGGCGUUUCCCUAACCGCACCGAGACGCCGUAGCCCGCUGGGGCUCCCCGAGGUCCGCCGCGCACCCCCCAGCAGGGGGCAGGCAGCAGCACGGGGCAGGCAGCAGCGGCCCCCGUACGGAGCCGGGCACGAGAGCCCCCCGCGCUCCAGGCGGGCCCGAGAGCGGGAGCGGCCGCACCUGGGCGCGCCGAGCGUCGACCCUCAUUGGCGGCCGGCGCCGCCCCCAGUGCUAUGCGCGGAGCGUCGGCCCCGCCGUCUUCCCGGCACGAUGCAGAAGGGUUGGAAGAAGUACUUCGGGCAGAAGUCGCUCAGCGAGGUGACCAUGGACGAGUACCUGGGCAGCCUCGGCCUGUACCGCAAGCUGACGGCUAAGGACGCCUCCUGCCUCUUCAGAGCCAUCUCGGAGCAGCUGUUUUUGUGCCAAAUUCAUCACAUGGAGGUGAGGAAAGCUUGCGUCUCGUUUAUGAGGCAAAAUCAGCGUAACUUUGAAUCCUAUGUGGAGGGGUCAUUUGAGAAAUACCUUGAACGACUGGGAGAUCCAAAGGAAAGUGCUGGCCAGCUGGAAAUAAGUGCUUUAUCAGUGAUCUACAAUCGAGACUUUAUUCUGUACCGGUACCCUGGAAGGCCACCCACUUAUGCUACAGACAAUGGCUUUGAAGACAAGAUACUACUGUGCUGUUCUGGCAAUGGUCAUUAUGACUCUGUGUAUACAAAACAAUUUCAAGCAAAUGCUGCUAUUUGCCAGGCUGUGUUAUAUGAGAUCCUGUACAAAGACGUGUUCCUCAUGGAUGAGGAAGAAUUAAGGUCUGCGGUUGAGAUGUUUCGAAGUGGUUCCAAGAAGCACAGAAACAGUGGCUGUGUAGAAAGCGAGGACACAAACUUCAAUUGUCUUCAUGAAAAAAUACCCAGAAAUCCAUCAGGAAAGAGAGGUGAUGUCUGGGAAGGCAAUGAUACUGACAGUCCAGUGGAAGAUAAGUUCAGACAAGGCACUGAAGAAGCAAAGAUUACAGAAAAUUCCUCGAAAAUGCCUUUCCCCUACAAAGUGCUAAAAGCUUUGGACCCAGAGAUUUAUCGAAAUGUGGAAUUUGAUGUUUGGCUGGACAGCAGAAAAGAGCUUCAAAAAACUGACUACAUGGUGUUUGCGGGGAGACAGUACUAUUUAGGAGACAAGUGUCAGGUGCGUCUGGAUCCUGGAGGUAAGUAUUACAAUGCUCAUAUCCAGGAAGUUGGGCAGGAUGGCAACACGGUGACUGUUUUCAUUGAGGAGCUGGCAGAAAAGCAUACCGUUCCUUUGGCAAGCUUAAAACCAGUGACACAAGUGGCACCUGUCCUUGCUUGGAAUGUGGUUCCCAGCCGAAAAGGAGGAAGCUAUCAGAAAGUAGCAGGUGGAUACUUCUCAGGAAUAGAAAUGGAUGUGAAAACACGGAAGAGAUUGCUUAAGAAAGUUCGUGGAAAGGAAGUCUUUAUGACAAUGGCUUAUAGUAGGGGUCAGCCAGUUCUCCCGCCCCGGCUACAGCAUGGUGUUCCCUCAGGGCGCUCUCCUCCAGUUCACUGCUCACAGGGUGGUGGAAACAUGGCACCUUAUGGACCCUAUCAUCCUCAGAAUCCUCCCCAGAGACAUAAUCGUGGAUUUGGAAUGCCAAGGGGAUCUGCCCGAUUUAUAAACAGGCACAACAUGGUUGGCCCUCAAAUAGCAUUCUACCCCAGUCCAGGAAAGAGAUGUUAUCAGAGCUAUGACAGUUUCUCCUGCAGGUCACGUUCAUACAGCCGUAGCCGCCGUCAGAUGCAGUGUGUGAAUAAGGAAUGUCAGUAUGGGUUCGUACCAGAGAAUGGAGAAGAGCCUCAAGGAUCAGAAGAAACAAUAACUUUCUACGAAAUUGAAGAAGGGGAUGAAACUUCUUUUCCUGCCUUAGCAGGACAGGGUAGUCCUACUGCAAUUGUCCACGGUCCAGCAGGUUUUUGGGUAGCUAGAAGAGGCCCCAACUCAGUUCCAGCCAACAAGCAGACCCUGAAUCGCUCAGAGGAGGAUGUAGAAGAAACAAGUGAAAAUGGGAAAUUUCAUGAAGAAUAUCUGUAUGCACCUCCAGAUCCAGAAUGUGAAACUGCAACAGUAUUUAGUUCAGCAGAACCUACAGCAAACUUGGAAGAAGGGCCAGUGGCUGUGUCAGCUCAAGAUGGAGUGGCUUCCUACAGUUAUCCCCAGAAGGUGAUGGUGAACUCUGCAGUAAUUGCUACCUCUGCAGGUGUUAAUGCUGCUCCACCUACAGUCUUCUCCUCAAAUUCUGCCACCACACAAGCCAGUGUCACAACAGCUGUCCCCCCACAAACGGCAAUUCAACCAGUUCUAGUCUCUCCUGCUUCUAUAGGGAGGCCAGUGCCAGUUUCUUCACUGCCAUUCCCAAUUUAUUCAGCUCCUCUUCCUCCAGCUAGUGAGGUGGGAGAAGCUGGUGCCAUUCCUCCGCCUUACUCUUGUGAUCCCAGUGGCAGUGAUCUGCCAAGAGAUACAAAGGUCUUGCAGUAUUAUUUUAAUCUGGGAUUGCAAUACUAUCACCAGAGUUACUGGCAUUCCAUGGUCUAUGUACAGCCAGUGCCACCAGCAUCAUCUGUGGAGGCUUAUCCAGCAUACGCUGAGCCAGCUCAUGUCCUGGAUCAUUCAGUACCUCAGCUCUACGAUGCUGGGCGAGCUGAGGUCCAUCAGGUUCCCCUCGAUGCACCUACAAAUGGUAACUUUCAAAAUGCAGAGCCUCCAGCCCUGUCCCAUGGCACAGUGUAUUACCCGGUGGUGUCAGACCCCUACAACCAGCCAUCUGCCCCAGGGUUUGAUUCUUGCAUCUCUCUAGUACCUGCCUAUCACUAUAUUGGUUCGUGGCAUUCAUUAAAUCCACCAUAUGGAACUUCUCCACGAGUUCCUAAUGCUGUAAGUUCUGGACAGCUGCACCAAGUCAGCUAUGUUGCCUCACCUAACCCGGCAACGCAUUAUGUGCCUCAAGGAAUGUAAGUCUUGGGAGGGUGUAAACUCACUUCUUGCACUUAGUUUUUCUCAUGUCUUUUUUCAUCAACUUACAUUGUUUUGUAAGUCUUUGUCUCAGUGGGCUGGGGUGACUGAUUAAAUUGCAUUCGAUUCCAUGUUUAUUUCCAGGUUUAUGCUAAUGAUAAUCAGCUUGACGGGAUGAAGUUUUGGUAGUUCAUGUAAGGCAGCAUAGGGGAGGAGUAUACAUAAACUGUAGUGCAGGGGAACACAAUACAUGUAUUAGACUACAUUAAAAAAUGUGUAAAAACAUACUGUCACUAAGGGAAAAUUGCAUUACGUACCUGUGUGGGUGGGUACACUGUUACACUUAAACACAUGGUUCUUGUACAAGCACAGCUGCCAUUACAACCACAGCAAAAAAUUGGGUGCAGUUUGUUAGAGGACAGAAUUGUUUGAAGUAAGUUGGUGUUCUCAGAUUUCACAAAACAAAACUUCUUUUGCCGUUGGUGAUCACAUAUUUGUAAUGUGUGAUUCUGUUCUGUGUUGGCUUCAUGUCUCUUAAAAGUGUAAGAUACUGCUUCAACCUGUUGUACUGUAUAUCGGUGUGCAUUUGUAAGAUACGUUUUGUGAAAGCUGUUGCACGAGUGGUGAUAGUUCUGGUGUCUAAUUUGCACUGAUAGCACAAAAUAAAAGCAUCUA